UGGGCGGCCAAUUGGUCAUCGCGUCUUGACUAUCCCUGAAGAACCUUGAAUGUGUUAGUCACGAACUGUAAAUUAGGGUAUUCUUCUUGGUUCAGUCCCUUGGUUACUCCUUGGUUCUAGCUACUCUACCUUUUUCUAGCUGGGCUUUUAUUUUACCCCAUGACACCAUUCCCCUAUGGAAUGAGAAAGAACAGAUUAAAUCAGUAAAAUGCCACUGGCGCCAACGACGUCCCGAGCCGAUAAAUACGAUCUACCCGCCGCCGACACGCUUUCCGCGGUUGUUGGCGGGUUGUCGUAGCUAUUAAUUAAUAUCCUCUUCGCCGUAUUUCAGAUCUUUCUAGCCUCAGGCUUCGUGUUCCUAAUAAUACCCUGGGUAAAUAACUAACUCCAAACGGGACCCGACUGAGUCUGGGCGGGACGCAAAUGCCUCUCCAACUGUCGAAAUGGCACUUCGAAAUCGACGAAUACCUUAACCCGUGGAUACCAGCUGCACGAUGGAGCCACAUACCGUAUCCUGUCGCACAUUUCUUAGGCCACAGGCUAGAGCAUCACCAGCGACCGUUAGGCAACAUCGCGAUGAUUUUUUGGGCGUUUAUUGGGGUUUUCUGCUCGCUAUUGAUCAUCGAGGCGGUGAGCCAUGCCAUCCCCUCUUUUGAGGAGCAUGGGGCUCCUAUCAUCAUCGGCAGUUUUGGCGCUGCUGCGGUUCUCGAAUUCUAUGCGAUCGAGUCACCACUUUCGCAACCUCGCAAUGCGGUUUUAGGCCAGUUCUUUUCGUCCGUGAUAGGCGUUGCUAUUAGGAAACUUUUUGCGCUGGGUCCCAUGUCAAUGGAGGUUACGUGGGUUGCUGGCUCGCUGAGCUGCUCUUGCGCAGUCGCGUUUAUGGCUUUGACAGGCACCGUGCAUCCUCCCGCCGGAGCGACGGCUCUACUCGCGGUAAUUGAUGAAAGCGUGGUGCACCUAGGAUGGUUUCUGCUACCCAUUGUGCUCCUCGGUUGCGUGUUGAUGCAGUGCGUAGCGCUACUCCUGAAUAAUAUCCAAAGGCGAUUCCCCGUUUACUGGUGGACGCCAGCGGAAGUUGGCCGAAGAAAGAAGCAGCAACAAGAGCAUGGGCAAUUACCGGGGAAGAAAAGCAGCAGCAGCAGCAGUAGCGAUAGCGGCAGUGAUACGGGAGCUAAGCUCGAGACUACUACGACACGUCACAUGGAAGAAGGAAAGAUUGUCAUAGAGCCGUCAAAGGUAAUUAUAACGCGAGGGCACGUGGCUAUUUCCGACGAUGUUUAUUUAUCGCCUGAAGAGAAGAUGUUUUUAGAAGAGUUGAGCGAAAGACUAUAGAUUAUGAAUGAAGGGAUGAAUGGAUGAAUGAUUAAUAUAAGCUAUCAUAGACCACGAAGUGAAAACUUCAUAUACUCUGCAGUGGACGCUAUGCCUGCCUUGCCUAUAUCGAUGCCGAGUUGCGUUUGAGGAUGGUGGAAACAAACGAUUUCCUCGUUUAGCUGGGUCCUAUGUAACUAACCCGUUACACGGUAACUACAUUUCCUUUUCCAGUGGCCAAUAUCACCCUGGCAUGACACUCGCCUCGAACGCUGACAACGCGAAAAAUAGACGACCCACAACACAACGCCUGAAUCGCUACCUGUUAUCCCACACACAAAUACCGAAUCUUCCCCGAGGUAGUGUAUUUACAGGAGGUAUGGGUGCUAGUAUCCAUAUCGUACCCACCAGAUCUAGGUAUGAGGCUCUCUGAUCGGGUUUCCGGGAAUCUGGAUACGAGCUAUCAAUAGCACCGCUUAGCGCCUUAACUAUC